AUGGGAUAGGCAAAUCUUAAGUAUUCUAAGGCUCCAGAUGAUAUAUUACAGAUCACCUUACCCAUCAGAAAUAGUCUUGAAGUAAAAUCCAAGUCUAAUAAUUUAUUAGGCAGUUAUAGUGAAACUGGAUCCAUCCGCUUAAUAUCCUCCUUUAGAUUCAAAAGAAUGGGUUUAAUUCAUGUAUUAAGUUAACCUCUCCAUCGAUAAGAAAAAUAAGUUGAAUCUUCUUAAUGAUAGUACUAAAAUUUAAUAAUAUAUAGAUUUCAAAGCACAAAUUCUAUAUUAGUAUCUAAAAUCAAAAAAGAAAAAUGUUGAACCUGCCAUUUUGGGAACAGAAGAAGGACUAGAAGAUCUAUUAGUUUAUUUGAGAUCAUUAUCAAAAUAAGAUUUAAAUAAAUAUGUUGUAGAAAAAAAUCUGAUAGAAAAAUUAACAAAGUUAUGCCAAAGUGAUUGUGAAGGUCAUCAUGAUAAAGAAGUAUCAAAUAAUAUUAUAUAUUUUAGUGUCUUAUUUUAAAUAUCAUAUUAUUGGCAUUAGAAUCUGAUAACAAUCUCGAAAUCCCUACUUCUUCACUUAAUGAAUUUUGCAUGAUCUUGAAUCCUAUCCACAUUGUAAAUUUUUCAUUAAUUCUUGAAAUUUAUGUCUUGAUUUGUAAAUUUUAAACAGAUGAACGCAUGCUAUAAAUAGCAUUAGCAUGGUUGGAUAUGAAACGUCAAGGAUAUUGGAAUUAUCCCAUUGAACCUUUCAUAUAACAGCUAUAAAAUAACAAAAGCGUGUUUGCAAUAGCCAAUAUGUGCAGAUUUCUCAAUUAUUUUAUGGAAGCCCAUGCCGAUUAAACUUAUAGUUAUAAAUUGAAAAAGAGUUUCAUCUAAUAUGGAUUAAGAAUCUUAUUAUAAGAUGUCAAGAAUAAGAUUCAAAGUGGAACUUAUUAAAUACAAGAUUGUACAUAUGCAGCUAUGGAUUAGUAAUUAAUGGAAUAAUACUUGAUGUUAAAAGAUAAUCCUACAAGAAAAAGAAAACUAUUACCACCAGAUGGAAAACCUGUAGAAUUAAGUAUUUGUGCCAAAUUAUGCCAUGAAUUAUUUAUUGAUUUGAACAACCCUAAUGCUUCCAUUAAAUUUUAAAAAGUAUGCGAAGAAGCUACCGCAUAAAUCGAUGCAUUCUUAUUUCUAACAGAAGAAAUUAAUGAAGAAUUGAAAAAUUAAAAGUUACCAAACAAGAAUGACAAUAUUAGCUAAUUUAGAAGACAACAAUCUAUCUCCAACAUUUAUGAAGUUGAAGAUUCACAAGAAAUAAGAAUUCCUAAUUUAGACUAUAAUUCACUAAAUACUUAAGUAAGAGAAGCACUAACAAUAUAAGAAACAGUUAAAAUACUUGAUGAUUAUGUGACAUAAUAAGCUAAUGUUGGUGUAAAUCCAGUUUCUUAAUUAAUUUAAACAACUGCUCAAAAACUUUUAGAAUUGAAAAAGAAUGAUCCUACUCAAUUAGAAUUAGUAGAAGCAGAAAAAAAAUGUACAUAAUUAGAAGUUCAAUUAAGAAAGAUCUAUGAAUAAAAAGAUAAAUAUUUUUAAGAAAUGAAAGAACUAGAAAAUAAAUUAGAAGAAUAAUCUAAACUUAUUCAAUAAUUACAAUCAGCAGGCCCAGUUUUAUCAUUAACUAUUACUAAUCCUACUCCAACACCUUAAGUAGCACCUCCUCCGCCUCCUCCUCCACCACCUCCUCCUGGAGGUUUAUUGACUGCACCUCCUCCUCCUCCACCACCUCCCCCUCCUGGUGGUUCGUUUUCUGCACCUCCUCCACCUCCACCUCCUCCUCCUGGUGGCAAAUGUCCUCCUCCACCUCCACCUCCACCUCCUGGUGGUAUGCCUCCUCCUCCACCUCCUCCUGGUGGUAUGCCUGCUCCACCACCUCCUCCUGGAAGAGCUCCUCCUCCUCCACCAGGUGCAGUAAAGCCAGGUAAAUAGAAAUGUACUCCAACUAAACCAAUGAAAUAAGUUCCAUGGGUUUUGAUUAAAGAGGAUAGAAUUAAGGGAACAAUUUGGGAGAAAUUAGAUGAUUAAAAGAUUAAAUUAGAUAUAGAAUUAUUAGAAGAGAAAUUUUCAAGACCAGAACCUGCUUAGAGACAUUAAUCUACAAUAGUUCAACCUGUUAAACCAUAAAAAGUAUCAUAGUUAUCUGGUGAAAGAUGUAAGAAUGUAGAACUUGUAAUUUCAAGAUUAAAAUUAAGUGCAUUUACAUUAAAAGAGGCACUUUUGACUAUAGAUUAUGAUGUAUUAACAGAAGAGAAAGUUGGAAUGUUAAUAAAUGCUGUUCCUGAGAAGGAAGAGUAAGAACUGUUUUUACAUUAUUAACCUGAAGAUAUGAAUUUAGUGGCAGUUCCUGAUUAAUUUUUUAUGGAUUUAAGUCCAAUUCCAUAAAUAAAAUUGAGAGUGGAAGCAAUAACAGUGGCAUAUGAAUGGAAAGAAUUAGCUUAAACAAUAACUGCAAAAUAGGAGAAGAUAAAGGUAGGAAUUAAAAUGUAGAAAGAAGAUUCGAAAUUACCAAUAUUAUUAGAAUAUUCAUUAGCAUAUGGAAAUUAUUUGAAUGGACAAUCAGCAAAAGGAGGAGCUAGUGCAUUUAAAUUAGAUAUUAUGUCUUAAUUGGAUGAUGUUAAAUCAAAUGAUAAUAAAACAAAUUUAUUGAUUGUGAUUUUGGAGAAAAUAGAAAAGGAAAUAGGAUGUCUUUAUGAUGUUGAAUUUUUAGCCAAAAUAGAUUAUGAAUUUUUAUCAAAGAUUUCAUUGUAAACAAUAGGAUAAGAUUUAAAUGAAUUAAAAAGAAUGUAAAGAGUAGUUGAAAGAGCUUAGAGAUCAUAAGGAGAAGAUCCAAAUGAUAAGGCUGGAGAGAAGUAAAUAAAAAAUAAAUAUUAUAUUUAGAUUCAAGAUUUUAUUUGAUUAGUUAGAUGAGGCUUGUGGUACAAUAGAAAAAAAUACAAAGGAAUUGGAUGUUGUUUAUAAAGAUUUAUUGAAUCAUUAUUGUGAAGAUUAAAAAACAUAGUCUGAUGAAUUUUUUUAGAAAAUUGAGAGAAUAUGGACAGAUUAUAAAAAUGUAUUAAUAUAUAAUAUAUCAUUAGGCCAAAGCAUAGAUGGAUAGAACUAAAUAAGCAUAAUAAAAAGAAUAAGAAAAAUUGAUGAGAUCAUAAUCUCAUUAAAUUUAACCUCAAAUGUUAAUGACUUAAUCAGUGAUUUCACCUAGUCAAAAUGAAUAAAUAAAAUAAGAAGAAAAGGUAUCACCAGCUCCUGUAGUAGAAAAGAAGGAUCCAAAGGAAGUAUUGGCAGAAUUGAAGAUGUUAUAAUCAAAGAAAGCAGAAUUGGCAGCAAAAAGAUAAUAACAAAAGUGAA